AUGGCGUCAGUGCGGGGCGCAAGGAAAGCGCCGGCCGCGCAGAACCCUGCGACAUUUGACAAUGACAGCGAUAGGAACGAAACGGAAGUGGUAGAAGAUGAUAUUGCCCAUGCCACGGCCGACACCGAAGACGAGAGCAGCGGGAGCGAGGUCGAGGAAGUGCCCAUCGCAGCCACGCGGCAGCAAGCAAAGCAGCGUAGCACAGCAGCACAGCGCCGCCAGCAACAGGAUCACGCGACGCGGCGUGCACGGCAGCGCAAUCCCACCUCCUCACACACCUCGCGCCGCGCCCGUCGUGCAGCGCAAGCAGCGACCGAGGUAGAGGAGCCGCUGCCAACGCCUGCGCCUGUAGAGCAGCAGCAACUCGAUCCUGCUCUCUUUGCAGCUGCGUUUGCAAAAAGCGGCGAUGCUGCAGCGCGCGCUGUGGUGGAGCAACAGCGGCGCGCCCCGCCGAAAAAGCACGCGCUCGGCGUUGACGGCCAGCCGCUCGUGCGCAUUAACAGCGGCAAGACGAUUGUGCGCGCCCUGGGCAUAGCAGCAGAGCACGACGUCGCCGAUGCGCCCCUUGAGCACACAGCACUUGACCCCCGCCGUGCUCUGCCCAAUGCCAAGCAGCGCAGUUUCAAGAAGCGCAAACUGGGCCUUCGCGCGUCCGAUAUUCGUCCUACCGCACUGGAUGUACAGCCGCGCGUGCUGCAGAAACGAGCGGCGCGGAAGCGUGACCACGACGACGACCCCCUAGGCCUGCACGAUCCCGCAUUCAUGCCUGGCGGCGAAUAUGCCCACCUUACUGGAAGAAGCAAGCGGGGAGAAAGGCCAAGUGCCAAGAUGCAUGGCGGAUCGCGCGGCAGCGGCGCCAGAGUAAGGAAUACGUAUGCGCCGGGGCUAGGCCCAGCGUCGAAUUUUGCUCGUACAAGAAUGUAG